AUGGGCUUGCUACCACGAAUUCGACCCCCAUUGAGUUCUACCCUUGCUGCGCCUCGUCUACGCCCUGUGCAUCGAGGCCUCCACCUUGCGCCGCCAUGGCUUCUCGAUGACUACAUCCCGCGCUACCAUCUCAUCAGUUCCAUUGACGCGUCCAAGAAACGAUCCCUGGCUCACGCGCAUCUGAGUAGUUGCAAUCUUUGUCCGAGACUAUGUGGAGUGAAUCGCUAUGAGAAAACGGGCGUCUGCUUAAUAGGCGCGGAGAAGGUGAAAGUCAACACCAUUGCACCGCACUUUGGAGAAGAACCAUGUCUCCAGGGCCACAACGGAUCUGGAAGCGUCUUCUUUUCUGGCUGUAACCUGAGAUGUGUGUUCUGCCAAAACCAUGACAUUGCUCAUCAACGUAAUGGCUUCGAUCUCACUCCGGAGGAGCUCGCGGAGUGGUACAUGAAGCUACAGGAUGUAGGAAAGGUGCACAACAUCAACCUCGUUACACCCGAACAUGUUGUCCCUCAGGUCGCUCUCUCCAUUCUGCAUGCCCGUGAUAUCGGUCUGCGAAUACCCAUCGUAUAUAACACAUCCUCGUUCGAUUCGUUGGAAAGCCUGAGACUUUUAGAUGGGCUGGUGGACAUCUACCUACCAGAUUUUAAGGUGUGGAGAGACAGCACAAGCAAGAGACUGUUGAAAGCGGACAACUACACAGCGACAGCUAUGGAGAGUAUCAAGGCGAUGCAUAAGCAAGUCGGUGACCUCUGCUUCACCGCUGAUGGCAUUGCGAAGAAGGGUGUCUUGGUACGGCAUCUUGUGAUGCCGGGAAUGGAAGACGAAGGCAAAGAGAUAAUGAGAUGGCUUGCAGAGAAUGUUUCGAAAGACAUGAUGGUGCAUAUUAUGGAGCAGUACUUUCCUCGGGCUCACGUUGGCAAAGAGCGUCGCAGCGGCGGCAAUUCAAAGAGUAAUGUUGUCGAGCCCGGCGGUGUGCAAGCUACUGCAAGCACGAAGAAGGAACUGAGGUAUGCAGACAUCAACCGGCCAGUCGACCUAAACGAAGUAGCAGCUGUAAAGAAAGCAGCCGAAGAGGCAGGGCUGUGGCGCUUUGCCGAGGCUGCAAAGCAUGGUGGUUUCAAUAUAUGA